UUACUGCUAGCGACUCCACACGUCAAAAAAGACAAACACCAACUCUGGCAAUAAUAAAAGUUUAUCGAUGAACAGACUAAUGAGGCGUGAGGGAUGUUUUUAUAUCUGAACCUCUGAGCGGCGGAGACACCGAGUUAAAAAUUCAUGUCGGUGCGUUUUGAGUCGUAGGUGAGGGCAAGUGACUUUGUUGUUUUUUGGUCUUGGUUUUUAUGAUUAUCAUCGUACAUGUUUUUACUCAAACGGAGCGCAAACUUAUGACAUUUGACACAGCCUGGGAGCGGGGCUGCAAAUGGGCGGCAUAGGUGGCAACCUCUACCUCAGCAUGUUGAAUGGGACUGAAACGCAAACUUUCGGAAAGAACGCCGACAUCAGCAGUCACUUCCACCGCGGCGGCAAGGAUCUAGCCGAGUUCAAAAUGGGGAUUCAGGACGCGAGGUUUUACUACUCGGACUCUGUUCAGAGCGGGCAGGACGCGCUGCCGCUGCCCUACCACUCGGACCAGGCGGUAGGAGGAUACGGAGCGCAACCCGGCAGGUUUUACGCACAGACCCUCAGCAGCUGCCCGUACGGCAGCGUGCGCUCUCCGCCGAGAAGCGGAGCCGGGCAGGCUUACAUCCCGACGGCAGGAGACGGGUUUCCCACGGGCGGUAAAGACGUGUACUCCCCUUCUCCGGAGAAUUACCCAGCGAGCUUUCAGCACGGGUUCCAGCGGCAGCCUCUCUACCCUUUACCUGGGCUACAGGUGUGCGGGAAGACUCAGGCUCUGCUCAAUAACUACCCGCUGUGGGCCAAGUUCCACAAGUUCCAAACCGAGAUGAUAAUCACCAAGCAGGGGAGGAGGAUGUUCCCCUUUCUGAGCUUCAAUAUCAGUGUUCUGGAUCCUACUGCCCACUAUAACGUCUAUGUGGACGUCGUUCUAGCUGAUCAGCACCACUGGAGAUACCAGGGCGGCAAGUGGGUCCAGUGUGGGAAGGCAGAAGGGAACAUGCCAGGGAACAGGAUGUACAUGCACCCCGACUCUCCCAACACAGGAGCUCACUGGAUGAGACAAGAGGUGUCGUUUAGCAAGCUCAAGCUCACCAACAACAAGGGAAGCACCAACAAUGUGGCACAGAUGAUAGUUCUCCAGUCCCUCCAUAAAUACCAGCCUCGUCUUCACAUCGUGCAGGUAAAGGAGGAUGGCACGGAGGACCCCUUCCUCUCUUCUAAAGCUCAGACGUUCAUCUUCCCGGAGACUCAGUUCAUCGCUGUUACUGCUUAUCAAAAUGCAGAUAUCACUCAGCUGAAAAUAGACCAUAACCCGUUCGCUAAAGGUUUCCGUGACAAUUAUGACACGCUGUACGCUCCUCCCGACUCUGAUCGCCUCACCCCCUCCCCUACAGAGGGCCAGCAGCUGCUGCCAGGGAGCUGCUACGCCCAAGGCUACCUCUCUGAACAGUACAUGAGCCCCCUGCCCCAGAGCCGCUUCUAUGGCCGCGAGCACAUUGGUAUGGGCCAGCAGCACAAAGACCCAUCCGCAACCCCCGGUCCCCACAGCCGCUGGUACCUGUCACCUCAGCAAGGCGUGGCCCCAAAUCGGCUUGACUUCACUUCCUCCUAUGAGGGGGACUUCUCUGGAAAUGGUUUCUACAAGCCCUUCCCCUUGCAGACAUCUGCUCACCAUGCUCUCAGCUACUAUUCAGAUCAUCCUUUUGCGUCUACAAGCGUGUCUGUAUCAGGAGCCGCCUCAGCAGGUUGGAGCGCCAGCCGGCCCACCCCACAGUACCUCGGUCACCCCACUAAAUCCGGCCCCACUCUUGGGUGGUUUAGACCCAUAUCAUCCUCCUCUUCCUCCUCCUCAUCUUCGACAUCCCCUGGGAACCCCAGGCUGCACCCUCCUCCACUCCUGGACUCUUUUCAGCCGCCCUUGCUGCAGGACAAGCCCAAAGACACUGUGGGCGUAGUGCAAGAGGAGCCUUGGCUCGAACCACCUUCUGUGAAAUCAGCGGACUCAGGCGACUCUAGCCUGUUUGAGGGAGGUGUGGGUGAAAACAAGAAGAGGAGGGUGUCGCCAUAUACGUCCAGCACUGAAAACUCCCCACCCCCGCGCAGUGGAGAGGUCUGUGAAAAAGACAGCAACAGCGAUGCAGACUAUUAUGGUUAUUACACCCACUGAAGACCUCACACAUUAUCAUGGUUGCCACAGUGUCUCCCAACACCUUCCCACACUGCCCUCAUUGACACAUUUACUGUCUGUCCAGGAUAACGAUGACGGGCUGGAACAGUCUCUGGUUUUGCUACAGACAAACUGCAGAACGUAGAGAAGGACAGUGACCAGCCCCUCAAAGUGUCAGACGACUACAGGAACUUUCAAAGUUAGUGUCAAGGUUGGUGUCGAACAGAGUGGAAGUGACUGGAACGCUGGCCUAAAGUGACAUAAACACCAAACAGACAUAAAGACCUGUGGCUUAGGCCUUUGAAACAUCUGGAGAUUUGUAAAAAAAACAACGAAACAAAAAAAAAAAAGAUGUGCAUAUCUGCUUGCUGACAGACGCCUGCAGCAAUUGUCUGUUCUUUCUGCAUCAAACACUCUCACCAUGUCUCCUUUGGUCUCAUCUACGUCAGUUCUCACCAUCAACCAUUCACACAUCUUUGCAAUAUGUUCAUGUUCAUUUCCCAUGACGAUUCUGAGCAGAAAUUAUGGCUUUUCACAGUGUCCUCUAUCUAAUUAGUGCAACACCACCUAGCGGCCACAGUGAAGCGCUGUAGGCCAUGAAGUGACAGCAGGCUUGUGUUCUAGAAGGGGAACCUUCCUCAUACAUAUUAGCCCGACAUUUUCUGUGUGUUCCUCUACAUCUGCCGAGAUUUUUCCAACCACAGCAAAAAUCGCAGGUCCACACGCCUGCAGGCAAUCCAACAUAUCUUACUGGUUUGAAAGCAAAGCUGUUUGAGUAAUAUUUAAUGUUAAAAGUUAUUCAAUUUAUUGUGACACCUCUUUGUACUUUACUGUAACCCUGUAUGCCACUCUAAGUCCAAACCCAGACGCAGGUAAUACAGAACCACCUUCGUCAAUUUCAGUAACUGUCGCAGUCAGGUUUUAAUCAAAACUGAUCAACCCACCAGGAUGUGGUUCACUUUGUCAAACAUUAGUAAGCUGAAUUUUGGGGGGAGUAUUAUAAAAGAGUUUGUGCUUUUGAAUCUGUCAGUCACAUCUCAUGCAUCUGCACUACCCACAGUUCAUUUCCUAGUCGUUGGAUUCCUCAAUUAAGAUGGAGAUGUUUUCUGUCCUGUAUUGUUUUCUCACUGUACACUGACUCCUAGUUAACAAAAUUCUCCAAUUUGAGGAAUUCCUGCUGAUGCAAACACUGUUUUGAGGGUUUCGCAGGAUGUAGCAGCAGAGAUCUGCAUGGUUUACAAAGUGUUGUACUGACUCUGGCUGAAUUUUUCACAUGAGUUCAUUUGGGAUGGUGCUUGUGAUUUCUAUUGAGUUUGCAGUGUGCAUGUAGGUCUUAAAGCAAGAUACUGACCUCUCAAUGCACUGUGAAGCAAUAUUCUAAUAAGUGGGGCCAUAUUUUGUCCGUAGCAUGCUCAUGGGAACACAUAUUGCAGGGUAUUUCCAAUCGGUUCAAAUUAUUCCCCUGAAACCAAUCAACACAACAGUGCCAUCAAGGUUUUUGGUUUAAAUGAUACCAGAAACUCCAUUAUGGCUUAUGUUGCAUAUUGGAAAAACCUCAAAGGUACAUAAGCAUUAAACUCUUUAUGUUUAACUAAACAAAUUGCCAUGUUUUCCAUAUAACAGUGUCAUAAUUUUGAGGAUCUGGGUUAAUUUAAUAGCUCCAAGUUUUGGUAUUUGUUUAAAUAUAGAAAUAAAGAUCUUGGUGUGCACAUGUAGGCUUUCAAAGUAAUACAUUUGUUAAGAUUGUUUAAGUUUCACUUCCAUACAAAUGGGCAUUUUUUUAUGUGAAGUGAUGAAUCUGAACAUCAGAUUUGGUUUUGAAAGUUACUGAAAUUGCUGGACACAGCACUCCUUCGAUCUGAUGUGUGAUGGGCAUGUAGGAGGAGGGAGUUUCCAAGGCGAUCUGACUGUUCUGAAGAAGCAUACCAAGAGCUUUUAAGCGUGAAGCUAGUCCUUACCUCACAAUGUGUCGACGUUGCAUCAGUCAGAAAAGUCCCUCGCUGCAAUCAUAGCGUCACAAUCCAGAAAAUUAUUGCUGUUUUUAUAGAUAAUAUGAAAGAAAAGUGGCAACAUGUUCGCAUUAAGGGAAGUUUGUAGCAAAUUAUUCGGUAUCAGUUUGUUUUCAGCAGCAGUUUCAUAGCUGCAACGGUUUGUCAUAGCGUUUGGAAAAUCCCUCCGUUUUAAUCAGUUCCAUCAACAUCACUUUUUUUUAGUUUUAGCUUUUGGGCGAUUUAGAAGCACUGAUGAGUGAUUUCAGCAAGGCUAAACUUUUCAGCAGCAGAUUUACACAAACCCAGCUGCACCCUACUUUGCUUGGAUUAAAAAAUAUAUAUGACAAAGGCCGAGCACCCUGCUUCCUUCAGCUGACUUCAAAAUGCUCCUAUCCACACAUGGCUACAGCCCACAAUCAAUAACAGCACUGAUAUUGAUGAAACAGGACCAGGUGAGGGGAAACGUGAGCACUUAAACCACACAGCAGACAUUUAGUGUGCUCCAAAAUUCUAAAUGAGAAUUUGUAUUGUUGCCUCAGUAGUAAGACUGGGGAUUCUUGCCGUAGUUCUCCAGGUUUUCCUCAAUCUGCUGCCAUAAAUUGGAGUAGACCAUUAAAGUGGGUCAUAGAGGAUGACCACACGCACCUGUACUUAAAGAGACAUGGUGCUGUCACCUUCAGACCACAAUAAACAGGAAGCACAAAGUGACCAGACAGACACUCUGAAUUUCCCCCCUAGUCUUUGGGCCUAUCAUGUGGUGACGCCGGCUGACAGAGGCCCGGCUCCCACCCUGGUGACAGAAAUGAAGAGUGAGGCACCAGUCGGCGCUGAUCAGAGGUCUGCUCCUCAUUCCUCACUAGGUGUGCUAAUGGCCUCAGACAACACUACGGGCGACAGGCAGGCACUCGGUGUCAAACAAGUCUCUACAGAUCGAGAGAUGAAGUUGAGUCUCUUUAUAUAUGUGUGACUGAAUCUGAAAAGACUUUAAAUACGUAAAAUGAAGUCCUCGGUUUACCAUCCUGAGACCAACAGAUAGUCACUUCCUUUAUGUCUAAUGAAUAUUCAGACUUGAUUCUGGCUUUUUUUCUACAUUUUCCUCACCUCAUAAACAAAAUUGUCUAUUUUUUCAUCAAAUUACACAAAGCAGAGCAGAGCACCAUUAACUGUAGCCUCUCUAAAAUGCAUGUAGUUUUAUUGAACUGAAUAUAACAUUUAUUUCAUUAAAAAAAGUUUGUUGAACUGAACAAGAAAGCUACAGCAAAACAUGCUUUCCUUGUAGACUAUUUGGAUAGUUUUUAGUUUUUAUUCAAAGAGAGUGGCACUAAGGCUCUUAGUGGCACAGUUUCGUUAGAUUUAGCUAAAAGUUCAAAACCAAAACACAUGCACUGCACUAAUGUAGGCAUGUGUGCUACAAUGUUUAAGCUUCGUCUACUAAAUUAACCCCUGGAGGGUCUUGGGUCGAUUUGUGGCUCUAAGCCCAAUAGUGUAUGCAUUUUUCUAGGACCCUCCAGGGGUUAAAAACGUAUUUAUUUUAAUAAAUGAAUUGUAAAGGUUAUUGUAAAGGUUAACGAACAUACAAAAGUGUGCUUAGAGGAGCUACUAGUCAGAUUUUCUUCACCUUCAGACAGCACCAGGCCGACUACAUGCAGAAGCUGCUUAACCCUAAUCAAGUUUUAUAUUUCCAAAAAUCCAGGCCAAUUCUUUCACACGAGCCAAGCUUGACUGUAAAAUAAUCAAAUGAGGCCGAUGCUGAGGCUGUGUUUUGUGUAAAUCAUGUUUAACUGAUGCAAAAAACAGAAAAAAUUGCACUGCAAGAGACUUUGAAACAUGCAUAUAGAUUAUAUAUAUGCAUGUUUGGCAAACUUACAGCAAAAUGUGCUUUCCUUGUGGACUGUAUUGGGACAUAAAUGUCUGCAGAAACAGUUCAAUUAGCUGAUAAUAAAAUGUAAAAUCAUCAUUAUUAGUUAGAUGAGUUGGACUCCUGACUUUAUAUGGGCUUUCUUUCUCAGGAGACAUGUCGCUGUAUAAGUGCGGAUGUAAAAAAUGAGAUCUUUAAGGUGAUUAAUGUCCCUGGGAGCACCUUUGCUUUUCCUAGUGUGACUGUGAAAAGGCCUGUUGCUGUAUAAAUCCUGCCUUUGACCCCUGAAAUUUAUUGGAUCCACCGGAUCUCAUAAACAAUAAUAAACACAUAACGUUCAAGAACAAAUCGUCCCUUCACCAGGACAUUAACAAAACUAAAAAACUGGUUACGAAGAGCUAAAAACUGAAUCGGUAUGAACUGAAGAAAAAGUAGCUUGUGUAGCAUUUCCAAAAGAUGUAGUAUUUAAUGUUUUUGUUGACAUCUGUCAGAAAAAGGGUGCUCUCACAUUAACAAAGCUGUACAAUCGCCAGUUCAUAUUUUAAGUGCAAUUAAUAGAACAAAAAUUAGCUUAGAUUUAAGGAUGUUGUGGCGAGAACAACGAGAGAAGAGUUUUAUGUUGACAGUUUGAGUUAUGGAGCUCUUGUUAAUAUAGUACACUGAAUGCUACUGCACCACAUGAGUGUAUGAUCUCAGAUCAAACAGCAGAGAAAUGCUUUCAGGUGGCAAAGGAAAGACCCCUGCUGGAUACUGCAGAUAUUACAACCAGCUUCACCCUGACCCCUGGUGUUGGACCACUCAUACCUCUGUUUCCCCUCAGUCCGCGUUCACCUUGAAAGCACAUUUCUCUUAGUGUUUGGGAACUGUAUUUCCAGAGAUGUUACUGUAAUGCAAUGGUGUGAAGGAUGGAGCUCAGACAACUCAAGCAACAAGCAUGUAAAUUUUUGAGUGUGACCCCUGUGCACUGAACCGAUCAUCCUUUAUUUAAGAGCUUUUGAACUGCAAUACAAGAAGAAAUAAGAAGAAAGAUUUCUGCUAGGGAAAUUCUUAUUUAUUAAA